GUCAUUCCGGAGGAGGCGGAACAGUACACGACAGUGUCCAUGCAGAACGAAGCUUACGACGAGAUGUCCAGACGUGAACGUGAGAUGGAACAGGAGGCGCACAGCGUGGCGCCACCCAGCUUCUCACAGGACAUCCACUGUGGCCAGCCCAACGUUGGCGAGGGACAGCCGGUGCGUAUUAUGGGUGAGAUCACACCUUACGACGGCUCGCUUAAAGUUGAUUGGCUGAAGGACGGCCAGCCAAUUGUGAUAGAAGCACCAGUCCAGUCAGAAUGGUCUGCUCGGCUUCUGCUGAAGUUUGCUCUCCAGGCCAAACAACAACGUCAGGCUUGUAGAGGUCCAGAAGCCGACUGGGAAGUCACCACCACAGAGGCUAGAUUCUUUUCCAAACUUGUCGACUAG